AUGGACGAGAAAUUAGGGAUUGAGAGAAAAGAGAGAAAGGAAUUAGGGAUUUCAAUCUCUAAUGAGAAGGCUGAGGGGAUUUACCUGGAGUUGCAGCAGAGGAAGAGUUGGGCAGAAGAGAUGGGCUCAGACGUGGAUCCAGUCAACAGCCCAAAGGAGGAAAAUAUCCAGCUGCAAGGAGUCUUUCAUAACAAAUUGGUAUUCAGAGCCAGUUUUCCUGGCAUUAGCAAACUGGGAAAACAGAAAAAGAAUCAAGUUAUGGCAGAGUCGACUGAACUUACUGCCAUUCAGCAGCAUAUUGAAAAUUUAUCAAAAAGAGUAGAACAAGUCAGUGAUGAAACGAAACCUCCAAAAUGGUGGGAGGAGCAAAACAACCGUCUAAACAAUCUGGAAUCGAAGAUGAACACCAAUCAAGCCUAUAUAGAACAAGUCCUACGAAUAUUAACGGGGAGGAACGAUGACCAGGACAUGGCAAGCUCAGAAAAGGAGCAGACUGUUACGCCUACUCCAACUAAGAUUGAGGGAAAGAAAUCGGUGAUGGUGACAGUGAUUAAUGAUAAGUCCAGAUUCUCGUACAAUAUGGAUGAACCAGGUAUCCUCAAAUCUAAACCCUAUGAGUUGCAAAUGGAAAAUCAAACAAAGGAUAGUAAUGAGGCAAAAAUGGUUCAGGGAGGGGCAGUAGGAAACACUGGAUUUAUACUUCCUAGGCCUAAAGUAGAGCUAAAAAAUUUUGAUGGAACUAAUCCAAGAGGUUGGGUGCAAAAAUGUCAUAAGUUCUUUCAUCUCUUUGGAAUUCCUGAAGAGCAAAGAGUUGAGUUAGCUGCAAUGUAUUUAGAGGGAAAAGUUGAAUCCUGGUUCGAUGGUUAUAUCAUGCAAAAAAAUCGAGUACAUUGGCAUGAGUUUGAAGCAGACUUAUGUCAUCGAUUUAGUGAUAUGCAGUAUACAGAUGUCAUAGAAGAAUUUAGUAAGCUAAUUCAGAAAGGAACAGUGGAAGAAUACCAAGUGAGGUUUGAAGAGCUUAAACCUUUCAUUUUAAUGCAGAAUCCAACCUUGGGGGAGGAAUUUUUUGUGUCCAUUUUCAUAAGUGGACUGAAAGAGGAGUUGAAACAUAGGGUCAAAGCUCUCAACCCUAAAGAGGUAACUGAAGCUUGUAGGCAGGCGAAGUUAUAUGAGAUUUCAAUAGAGUUUGAAAGUAAAAGACAGAAACAGAAUGCAAGAUUCCCACCCUAUCCCACCCAAACAACUUUUAACAAACCUGCUGCUAGUCCAACAACACAGAAGGUUCUACCAAAUCCUUCUAACAAGAACAAUUUGCUGGAGUAUCGCAGAUUGAAUAAUUUGUGUUACAAAUGUGGUGAACGAUUUCAACCAGGCCACCAAUGCAAGUUACGACAGUUGAAUGCUAUGGAGGAAUUGGAUAACCAGGAAGAAGCAGUCAUAACAGAAGAAGUUUUGGGAGAGUCAAGUGAUAAAGAAGAGAAUCUGGAAAUUUCAGUCAAUGCUCUCACAGGAAGCAUUGGGUAUACUACAAUUAGAAUUCAAGGCUUGAUCAAGGGCAAACCUCUCAAUAUUCUUAUUGACAGUGGUAGCACACACAGCUUCAUCACUCCUAAGUGGGUUAAAGCUGGUACUGAGUUAGUUUCAACUCAACCACUAGCCAUUACAGUUGCUAAUGGUGAGAAAUUAUUCAGUUCAGCUAAGAGUAAUCAAUUAUGUUGGAUCAUGCAAGACCAUCAGUUUUUUCAUGAUUUUCGGGUACUUAAUCUAGGCGGCAGCGAUAUGGUUCUUGGGGUUGAUUGGAUGCGCAAGUAUAGUCCGAUCCUGAUGGAUUUUAAUGCCAUGACUAUUACUUUUGAGAAGGAGGGACAACAAUUAUCUAUUCAAGGACAUCAAGCACCAUUCCUUAUGAAAACAGUUUCAAAUGACAAAAUGCACAAGAUUACUGCCAAGGAUCCAGUUUUAUUGGGAGAAUUCUAUUUCCUAACUAUGGAUACUGAUGAGCAGCAGGUACCUUAUGAGCUACAACCAUUAUUAGCCGAGUUUGCAGGAGUUUUUGAGGAACCUAAAGGAUUACCUCCUGCACGAGUACAUGACCAUGCAAUUACACUUAAACCGGGUGCAGCCCCAGUCAAUUUGCGGCCCUACAGAUUUCCACAUCAUCAAAAAACAGAGGUGGAAAGACAAAUUUCUGAGAUGCUAGUAGCAUCUGUUAUUCAAGCAAGCAAGAGUCCUUUUGCCUCACCUUGCUUACUUGUGAAAAAAAAAAAGAUGAUUCGAAUUCAGCCUACAGACAUCUACAAAACUGCCUUUCGCACUCAUCAUGGACAUUUUGAAUUCAAGGUAAUGCCCUUCGGUCUCACUAAUGCACCUGCUACAUUUCAAUCUCUUAUGAAUGAUCUGUUCACUUCCUAUUUGAGAAAGUUUGUUUUGGUAUUUUUUGAUGAUAUAUUAGUGUACAGCACUACAUUGACUGCUCAUGCACUACACUUGAGAAAAGUUUUGGAAAUUUUGACACAACAUCAGUUAUAUGCUAAGAGGAGUAAAUGUUACUUUGGCCAAAAACAAGUGGAAUAUUUAGGCCAUAUUAUUACUGCUCAAGGGGUUUCCACUGAUCCAUCAAAAAUUGCUGCUAUAAAAAAUUGGUCAUUUCCUCAAAACUUAAAAUCUCUUCGAGGAUUUUUGGGGCUAACAGGCUAUUAUAGAAGGUUCAUCAAAGGCUAUGGUGCUAUUAGUCGGCCAUUUACAAUGAUGUUAAAAAAGGAUGGUUUUACAUGGAAUCCUACAGCAGUGACAGCCUUUAAUCAGUUGAAGGAAAUAAUGUGUCAAGCUCCAGUUUUGGCUCUUCCGGAUUUCACUAAAGAAUUUUGCUUAGAAACUGAUGCGAGCUCAGAAGGUAUAGGGGUUGUUUUAUCCCAAGGAGGUCGUCCUUUGGCCUACCUUAGCAAAGCUUUAAGCACUAAAAACAUGGACCUUUCUAUCUAUGAGAAGGAAUAUUUGGCUAUUCUUUUGGCAGUCUCGAAAUGGCGACAUUAUCUUGAAUGUGGUUCGUUUGUCAUUAAAACAGACCACGAGCCCUUGAAGUAUCUAUUAGAGCAGAAACUCACAACAACAAUUCAGAAGAAAUGA